UGUGUGUGUGUCUCAGAGUGUGUGUGUGUCUCAGUGUGUGUGUGUGUCUCAGUGUGUGUGUGUGUGUCUCAGAGUGUGUGUGUGUCUCAGUGUGUGUGUGUGUGUCUCAGUGUGUGUGUCUCAGUGUGUGUGUGUCUCAGUGUGUGUGUGUGUGUCUCAGUGUGUGUGUCUCAGUGUGUGUGUGUGUCUCAGUGUGUGUGUGUGUGUCUCAGAGUGUGUGUGUGUCUCAGAGUGUGUGUGUGUCUCAGUGUGUGUGUGUGUGUCUCAGUGUGUGUGUCUCAGUGUGUGUGUGUCUCAGUGUGUGUGUGUGUGUCUCAGUGUGUGUGUCUCAGUGUGUGUGUGUCUCAGUGUGUGUGUGUGUGUCUCAGUGUGUGUGUCUCAGUGUGUGUGUGUCUCAGAGUGUGUGUGUGUCUCAGUGUGUGUGUCUCAGUGUGUCUCAAUGUCCUUCAAAGGAAUUGGAAUUGAUAUUUUACAGCCAUCAUUAUAACUGUCGCGAUGGUUCAGCUGCUUUCAUUCCAAGCUGGUUUAACUGACUAACAAACAGCGACUUGAAGUGAAUGCGCUGCCGCUGCGAGAAGCUCGUUUUAACAGAAUCCUGCUAAUUGCAAUUUUGAUGAAUGACGUGGAAUUGAUUACAAGGGAAUGGGAAUUGAUUUUCAAAAGGAAUUGGAAAUGAAAUUGGAAAUGAGAAACAGAAAACUGACCCCAACCCUGGCUCACAAGCAUUUUUUUUUUUACAGAAAAUAAACAGUUCUGGUUUUGCAUUUCCAGCAGUGUGGAUGAUAAGUUUACUGUACGCUUCAGAGAUCGUUUUUUCAGUGUUUGUUUUUCCCACGUUGCAGUCGCUAAACCUCAGUCCCUCUCUGGGAAGAUUUACUGCAGCAAUUAAAAGGAGCCAGAAGGAGAGGCUGGUAAAAGGGGAUCUGUCCACCUCAGAAGAGAACCAGCGGAGACAGACACACUGACAGACGCUUCACAUCAGUAAUGUCUUCACACGUCAAGCUGAGAAAAGAGAGAGGCACAAUCGCUGAAUAUGAGACUCAGGUUAAAGAGAUCCGCUCCCAGCUGGCUGAACAGCUCAAGUCUCUGGACCUGCAUGUGGAGAUGCGGGUUCAGCUGCUGCAGGACCUGUCGGAGUUUUUUCGGAGGAAGGCGGAGAUCGAGGGGGAGUAUUCCCGAGGGCUGGAGAAGCUGGCAGAAAGAUUCUCAUCCAAGAUCCGCAACUCCAAGGAGCACCAGCACUCCAGGAAAGAUCAGGACUUGCUCUCCCCAGUGAACUGCUGGCAUCUGAUUCUAAAUCACACCAGACAGGAGAGCAAAGAACACGCAGCGCUGAGCGACACCUACAGCAACAGCACGGUUGUGAGGCUCUGUCACAUCACAGAGGACACCAGCCGCCUGUCCAAGAAGAGUAAAGAGAUCGGUCUGCAGAUGCAGGAAGAGCUGCUCAAAGUGACCAGCGAGCUUCAGACAGCUAUGAGGACCUAUCAUCAGUAUCACACGGACAGCAUGAGCGCAGAGGGGAAGCUGAAAGAAGCAGAGAAGCUGGAGGAACGUCACAUGGGCAAGUCAGCUGACCCGGGGCUCAGCCAAUCAGGCGCUGACGCCAAGCAGCAGAGGCGGAGCUCCCUGAAGAAGACAGAGAAGCUCAAAGAAAAGAGGCAGGCUAAGUUCCUGGAGAACAAGCUGAAGUGCACAAAGGCUCGUAACGACUACCUGCUGAACCUCGCCGCCGCCAACGCAGCCAUGAAUAAAUACUACCUGCAGGACGUGUGCAGCCUGAUAGACUGCUGUGAUCUGGGGUUCCACCUCUCCCUGGGGGUGACCCUGCGGCUGUACCUCUCUGCCCAGUCCCGGGUGCAGCAGUCCCAGCAGGAGGCCCUGGGGGUGCUGGAGGGGGCGGUGCAGGGGCUGGAUCCCCCCGGGGAUCAGAAGAAGAUCCUUGAGAUGAACCACGCCACUUUCUGCCUGCCCUUCCGCUUUGAGUACCAGCCUCACGAAGGGGAUCAGGUGUGCGUGGUGAGCGCGGAGGCCCAGGUGAGGAACGAGCUGGUGACUCGGUUCCAGCAGCUCCAGUCCCGUCUGUCCAGCGUGAGCCUGGAGACGGAGGAGGUCAAUAAGACCCUGAAGGCGACACUCAGAGCCCUGCUGGACUCUUUCAGCAUUGAAGACUACAGCUCUCCUGACUCCCUCCAAACCAGCCAAUCAGCAGAGCCCGCUAAGAGCUCGGGCUCCGAUCCGCCCGGCAACAAACCCAACAUAGCCAAGAGGAGAGCCAAUCAGCAGGAGACUGAGAGCUUCUACUUCACAAAAGUGAAGGAGUAUCUCAGUGGAAGCAGCUUGAUCUCAAAGCUGCAGGCCAAACAUGACCUUCUCAAAGAGGCCAUCGAGAAAGCUGAAUCGAUAGACAGCGACCCCUCCAGGCUCCAGUGUUCCAGCAGGUCUCUGCGUGUCAGAAAGCAGCGGCCGUGCUCCCAGUACAACCACAAACUCUUUACUGGGGACCUGCAGCAGUUUGUGGAGAGCUCUGGACAACUGAUCCCUCUAGUGGUGGAGAGCUGCAUUCGAUUUAUUAACCUGCACGGGCUGCAUCACGAGGGAAUUUUCCGGGUCCCGGGGUCACAGUUGGAGGUGAACGAGAUCAGGAACGCCUUCGAGAGAGGAGAGGACCCCCUCACUGACUCGACGGAUCACGAUAUCGACUCGGUGGCCGGGGUGCUGAAGCUCUACUUCCGAGGCCUGGAGAAGCCACUCUUCCCACAGGAGAAUUUCCAGGAAUUAAUGGAGUGUGUCCAGAUUGAGAACAAGCUGGAGCGCGCGUGUCAGAUCAAGAAGGUUGUGGGCAGCUUCCCGCAGGCCGUGCUCGUGGUCAUGAGAUUCCUCUUCGCAUUCCUCAACCAUCUCUCUCAGUACAGCGAUGAGAACAUGAUGGACCCUCACAACCUGGCAGUGUGUUUCGGACCCACCCUGGUGGCGGUGCCAGCGGAUCAGGACGCGGUGUCGGUCCAGGGCCACGUAAACGAGGCGGUGAAGACCAUCAUCGUGUACCAAGAGAAGAUAUUCCCCGGGGCACGGGAGCUGGAGGGACCCAUAUAUGAGAAGUGCAUGACUGGGGAGGAGGAGUACUGUGACAGCGUCCUGCCCGAGCCCAUCGCAGAGGAGUGUGACCCGGAGCAGGAACCGCCCAUCAGCGAGGACGAGCUGGACUGCGCCGAGGCUGUCGCCCUGUUUGAUUACACCGGCCGCUCACCCCAGGAGCUGUCAUUCAAAAAGGGAGACACUCUGCUGCUGCACAGCAAGGCCUCUGCUGAUUGGUGGAGAGGGGAGCUGGGCGGGGUCAAGGGGCUUGUCCCUCACAAGUACAUCAACCUACCUGAAGUCACUGCGAGGAGGCUGGAGCUGAAGGGGAAGAGAGAGGAGGGGAGAGCAGCCAGCGUCAGCAACCUGUCUGAGGAGCCCAAGGGAGAGGCGGGGAGCAGGUUGCGUGUGAACUCGGACAGCGCCUCGCUGCCCCGCAAGAGGAGCGGCAGCAGCCCCACCCGAAAACUGACCUCCCCCUUCAACGAGCCCCCCCGCAUCCACUUCCCGGGGAUCCCCCUCCCCGCACAGGGGCGCCUCCUCGCUCUCCCGGACAGGUCCCAGGAAAGGCGCAACACUCUGGACACUGCGCUAGGGUUGGGCGCCCCCUUGGGGAGGCACGGGGUGUGUGCAGAGAGGAGCAGCCAGGACCAGCCCACAGUGCAGCUGGACAAGGAGGUUACGAAGCAGAUGAAUUCCGUGUUCAAAGAGCUGCUGUCUCUAAAACAGGAAACCCCCAAACCCAGCGAGACCCCCGGGGGGACAUCGGCAAAGAAAGGGGGCACCCCCUCGACCGCAGCGCCAUCCACCCAAAAAAAAGGGUUCGGAUUGAGAGGGAGGGGGCUGUUUAAAACUGGGACAGGAGGGGGGGCCAGCGCUGAGCAACAUGAAUAAAGAGGAGAGAGGAGAGAGGGAGGAGAGGAGAGAGAGGAGAGAGGAGAGGAGAGAGAGAGAGGAGGGGCUAGCGCUGAGCAACAUGAAUAAAGAGGAGAGAGGAGAGAGGGAGGAGAGGAGAGAGAGGAGAGAGGAGAGGAGAGAGAGAGAGGAGGGGCUAGCGCUGAGCAACAUGAAUAAAGAGGAGAGAGGAGAGAGGGAGGAGUGGAGAGAGAGAGGAGGGGCCAGCGCUGAGCAACAUGAAUAAAGAGGAAAGAGGAGAGAGGGAGGAGAGGAGGAGAGAGUAAAGAGGGAGGAGAGGAGAGAGAGAGAAAGGGCCAGCAGUGAGCAACAUGAAUAAAGAGGAGAGAGGAGAGAGGGAGGAGUGGAGAGAGAGAUGAGGGGCCAGCGCUGAGCAACAUGAAUAAAGAGGAGAGAGGAAAGAGGGAGGAGAGGAGAGAGAGGAGAGAGGAGAGGAGAGAGAGAGAGGAGGGGCUAGCGCUGAGCAACAUGAAUAAAGAGGAAAGAGGAGAGAGGGAGGAGAGGAGAGAGAGGGAGGAGAGGAGCGAGAGAGGAGGGGCCAGCGCUGAGCAACAUGAAUAAAAGAGGAGAGAGGAGAGAGGGAGGAGUGGAGAGAGAGAGGAGGGGCCAGCGCUGAGCAACAUGAAUAAAGAGGAAAGAGGAGAGAGGGAGGAGAGGAGAGAGAGAGAGGAGAGAGGGAGGAGAGGAGGAGAGGAGAGAGAGAGAGGGGCCAGCGCUGAGCAACAUGAAUAAAGAGGAAAGAGGAGAGAGGGAGGAGAGGAGGAGAGAGGAAAGAGGGAGGAGAGGAGAGAGAGAGAAGGGGCCAGCAGUGAGCAACAUGAAUAAAGAGGAGAGAGGAGAGGAAGAGCGAGAGGCCAGCACUGAGCAACAUGAGGAGAUAGGAGAGAGGAGAGAGGGAGAGGAGGAGAGAGGAGAGAGGGAGGAGAGGAGGAGAGAGACAGGAGGAGGGGCCAGCGCUGAGCAACAUGAAUAAAGAGGAGAGAGGAAAGAAGGAGGAGAGGAGGAGAGAGGAGAGAGGGAGGAGAGGAGCGAGAGAGGAGGGGCCAGCGCUGAGCAACAUGAAUAAAGAGGAGAGAGGAGAGAGGGAGGAGAGGAGGAGAGGAGGAGAGAGAGGAGAAUAGUUAUUAGAAAAGUAAAUUAUGCAAUAAUGAAAGAAAAAAGAAAAAGAAAGUGCUGGGCUGCAGUGUGGAAGGCAGCGGGUUUGAGGAGCUCAGUGGUUAGAUAAAGAAAGCGCUGGGCUGCAGUGUGGAAGGCAGCGGGUUUGAGGAGCUCAGUGGUUAGAUAAAGAAAGCGCUGGGCUGCAGUGUGGAAGGCAGCGGGUUUGAGGAGCUCAGUGGUUAGAGAAAGAAAGCGCUGGGCUGCAGUGUGGAAGGCAGCGGGUUUGAGGAGCUCAGUGGUUAGAGAAAGAAAGCGCUGGGCUGCAGUGUGGAAGGCAGCGGGUUUGAGGAGAAAGAAAGAAAGGCGGGCGGACGGGCACGCGGGCGGGCAGGCAGGGAGGCAGGGAGGCAGGGAGGCAGAUGCUAGCAAUGAGAUGGAAUUUGUUGAAGGUGUUCCUCUCUCUGCACUGCAGUCUCAACUGUUUAGCGCAUUUCCAUAAACACACAAAUAAACAAGACUUUUAAUUUAAAAGAUUUAAUGAAUUAAAAACUACUGUUGGUAAUCCACAAAGUUGCAGUAAAUAGCUGUGGUCUUACCACAGUAAAUUCACAUCCCAUUUACAAUGCUUCCCGAUGCUUCACCAUGCUUUCACUGUGCUUUAUUACACUGUGCUGUGCUUUUAACAUGGGACACUUUUACAAGGGUUGGUGUGGUGCUGAUUUUGAGAGAAUAACACAUACAUGAGUCAAACUGUCUUCAGUGCAGUAAUUCACACAGGGGUGUUUGUAACUUAAUCCAUUUCCAUUUUCACUCUGCCUGUUCAGUUUAUUUACUGUGCUAAUAAAUAAUAAUUGUAAUAUAUACCUUUUUUUUCCUAAUUAAAACCCUUGGACAAUCAAUCGCUUUGCAUAGGUUAUUGUUGUGCUGUUAAUUAGCUAAAGAGAAAACAAAAGCUAUAAAUGAUUUGUGUGUUAAAAAAAUGAUCUGGCUCGAGGAAGAGUGAAGUAGAGAAAGAGAAAGGGAGGCUCUUCUACUCUCUGAACAGCCUCCCUCUGCUCUGUGCUGGUGGACCAGAGAAAGAGAAACGGAGGCUCUUCUACUCUCUGAACAGCCUCCCUCUGCUCUGUGCUGGUGGAGCAGAGAAAGAGAAAGGGAGGCUCUUAUACUCUCUGAACAGCCUCCCUCUGCUCUGUGCUGGUGGAGCAGAGAAAGAGAAACGGAGGCUCUUCUACUCUCUGAACAGCCUCCCUCUGCACUGUGCUGGUGGAGCAGAGAAAGAGAAAGGGAGGCUCUUAUACUCUCUGAACAGCCUCCCUCUGCUCUGUGCUGGUGGAGCAGAGAAAGAGAAAGAGAAAGGGAGGCUCUUCUACUCUCUGAACAGCCUCCCUAUGCUCUGUGCUGGUGGAGCAGAGAAAGAGAAAGUGAGGCUCUUCUACUCUCUGAACAGCCUCCCUCUGCUCUGUGCUGAUGGAGCAGAGAAAGAGAAAGAGAGGCUCUUCAACUCUCUGAACAGCCUCCCUCUGCUCUCUUCUGGUGGAGCAGAGAAAGAGAAACUGAACUCUCUAUUUGAUUUCACUUAUUGUUCAAAACCAGGAUUGGGGUCAGUUCCUGUUUCUAAAUUCCAGUUCCAUUCCCAGUUCCUUUUUAAAAUCAGUUCCAAUUUCCGGUCCUUCGAUGGAAUUGGAAUUGAUAUAUUAGAGACGUAAUAAUAAUUGUUUCUUUGGUUCAGCUGCUUUCAUUCAAAGGUGAUUUAAUUGACUAACAAACAGCGACUUGAAGUGAAUUUGUUGCCCGCUGAGAGAAGCGAAUUUGAACAGAAUCCUGCGACUUGCAAUUUUGAUCAAUGACGUGUUGGGAUUGAUUAAAAGGGAACGGGAAUCGGAACUCGAAAACAGGAUUUGACCCCCCGACCCUGUUCAGAAUUCAAUCUGUCAGUCUCCCUGUCUCCCUGUCUACCUGUCUCCGUCAGUCUCCCUGUCUCCCUGUCUGUCUGUGUUUUAAAAAUUGAGAGUUUUAAAUGAAUCCCUGUAUAUUGUGUAAUGCAGAGUUUUGUGCGUUUUUUUUCCCUUUGAAGAAAUAAAAGGAAAUAUUAUGUU